CCGGCUGUGUUUGAACGUCGUUACAGAGCUUGACGUUGUCUUUUUCCUUCACUUCACAGAGCAAGAUUCAAUCUGUUGAAUAUUUGUGUCAGAGGGCGGAGAAGGAGGAGGAAGAGGUCUUUACAGCUGCGGACACUGAAGGAAACAACUGGAGGCAACAAGGAUCCCAGUGUGCAUCGCUCAGCUACUGUCCGUUAUGGCGACCAUUGUGAUGGAGAGAAUCGGGCGAGUGUUCAUCAGCCUGCAGCAGAUCAGGGAGGUUCCCCGGAUGCUGACCGAGGCCGCCCCCUCCAUGCCCGGCACCGUGAGAGACACCGAGGUUCCCUCCUACUUCAGGGAGCGCCAGGUCUGCACCGGCUACCGGCCGCUCAACCAAAACUGGCGCUACUACUUCCUGUCUUUAUUCCAGCGCCACAACGAGACCAUCAACAUCUGGACUCACCUGCUGGCCUUUUUAGUUAUUCUGGUUAAAUUGCUGCAACUCGCCGAGACCGUGGACUUUGUUAGUGAUCCUCAUUCGUGGCCUCUAUUGAUCCUCGUCCUGUCCUCCUUGACCUACUCGGCAUUCAGUGCAGUGGCUCACCUACUGGGUGGCAAGUCUGAGCUGUGUCACUUUAUCUUCUACUUUCUGGACUAUGUCGGGGUGGCGCAGUAUCAGUACGGCAGCGCCAUAGCUCACUUUUACUACGCUGUGGACGAGAGCUUGCACAGACACGUGCACGGGAUCUUCAUGCCCUUGGCCGCCUUCCUCAGCUGUCAGUCGUGCCUAGGAUGCUGCUACGGCAAGUACUGCAGCCACAGCCUACCGUCGUGGGUGCGUAAGGUGUGUCAGGUGGUGCCUUCGGCGCUCGCCUACAUGUGGGACAGCAGUCCCGUGGCUCAAAGACUCCUGUCAUGGUCUACAGCCGGCGAUGACCCAGCCGUCAUCUAUCACUUUUGCCAGGUGGCUUUCUUCCUCAGCUGCUCCUUCUUCUUCACCUGCCCUCUUCUAGAACGCUGUUUCCCCGGGCGGUGCGAUUUCGUGGGACAGGGUCAUCAGUUCUUCCACGUUUUUCUAUCCUGCUGCACGCUGUGUCAGAUCCACGCCUCCCACCUCGACUACGUGGGCCGCAGGGAGCUGUAUACGCGUCUGCACGGGAGCGGCGACGCGGCUCUCUUCGUGGGAUUGUAUGUUGUCACUUUGGUUGUAUGCGCGCUGAUUGCUGCCUUCAUGCUGAGGAAAGUUAAACGACUACUAGAUUUGGAAGCCAAGUCCAAAUAAUAUAUUCGUUGUUGAAGGAAGUAUAUGCAAAAGCAUUCAUGUGCCUUUACCUUCCAGACUUACUGUUUGAUAGAAAGGGAACUAAUUAUACUGUAUGCUGCUGGCUUUAAGCAGCAUGAAAUAAAUAGCUGUUGAAGUUUGUUAACGUUUCACUGGAAGUGAUAGAUUAUAAGAAGGAUGCACAAUGAUAUUAGGAGUUAGUAUUUUGGUACUAAUUUGUAGUAGAAUUUGUAGAAGCAUUCACAGUAUCAUCAUGUUCAUUUAUCAGCAAAGGCUGGUUCUUUUUCUAUAAAUCAAAAUCACUGCCUACUGACCAUUUAUAAGAUCACUACAGAUUAUGAUAGAUGACAUGCUGUCAGAUUUGUUAAAUUGUCCGGUUGUUGGGAUUUAUUUUUUUUAAUCUUUUAUCCUACUAUACUGGGAUAAUAUGUGGAAUAGCAUUGAAAAUGUGCAAGUAUUUAUUUUAUAUAUUUUGAAAGUCACUGACUGAUUCAUGCUGUGGGCCUAUUUCACUCCAAACUAAUGGAUUUGUGUUUUUAAGUGAUAAUUAUGGAAAUGGUUUAACCCUCUGAGACCCACAAUAGACCCAUUUUUAUCUCUUUUAGGGGGGUACAGAGGGGUCUUUAGGGAGAGAUAGCAGGUCAACAGCAGAUGUCACAUAGAAGUGGUGUACAUCAUCUGAGAAAGACUAAGUUGAGAUACAGCUCAGCACUGUCUGUCAAGUGGUUCUAGUCAUAAAUCAGAAACAAACAUGAAUGAAUGAAUUAUUCAAAAUGGCCAUGUCAGUUUUUCCUCGCCAAAAUUUAGCCCAACUUCGGAGCGUUAUUUAGCCUCCUUCCCGACAAGCUAGCAUGACAUGGUUGAUACCAAUGCAUUCCUAGAUUCCUUAGGUUUUCUAGUUUCAUAUGAUAUCAGUACCUUCACUCUAGCUUUAAAACUACUAAUACUGUACACUGAUCACUUCUUGUGGCAACAUUUUUCCUAGGCAAAAAUCAACUUCAUAAUUGAACUUCUACACUAUAAACUAGUAAUAUAUAUAUAUUUUUUUAGAUCUACAAUUUUACAGUGUAAUAACAAUGUUACAUGCGGGGCCUGUCAUUGUGCCUUGAGAGACAAUUGUUUGCACAUUUUAUGUAAACUUUAGCAGAAAGUAGAUAGAUGCUUAUUGAGUAUGACCUUGUGAUUGUUACUGUUCUCAACGUCACAGAUGCAUUUUGUUGUUGUUCUACUAUCCCCAAGUUCCCUACAUAGCACUUUUACAUAUAUUGAUACACUGCCCUUAGACUGUAUUUAAGAAAGCUGCAUAUUUUUUAUGAGGGAUCUAAUAUAUAAUCAAGUCUUGACAAUGGAUAUGUCUUAUUUUAGACAUGCAGUAUACAUGACUGUUUUGUAUCAUGUAUAGUAUUAGGAUGUCAGUAAUCACUGUAUUGUGUCUUAUUGGAAAUCUUGAUUGUGCCUUUUUGAGGGAAAAGUGAAUGUUGGGGGUUACAUGAGUGUACUAAUUACAGAUAAAGGUACCGGGAUAAUGUAUGGGAGAUAACAAUGCCUACUACUGAUGUAAAGACGGUGGGAUUGAGUUAAACAAACAUCUCUUGAAGACGGAGCUGGUCUGGAGGCAGAAAUAAUCUUUUUUAUGAAAGCACAAUUUCUCUCAUAACCUCCUUGAGUUUUAUGUCGAGCUGCAACUAACGAUUAUUUUCACUGAGGAUUAUUUUCUCAAUUAAUCAUUUAGCUGUUUAGUUGUUAGUGUUUCUCAAAGACCUCAAAUGUCUUAUUUUGUCCACAACUCAAAGAUAUUCAUUUUUUUUUUUUCUUAAAAAAUUACUCAAACAAAUGAAUUGAUUAUCGAAAUAGCUGACAACUAAUCAAUUAAUCGAUUCAGCUGUAGUGUGUUUUUAAGGGUCUUCGGACGUUGGAAUCAGAGAUUUUUCACUUUUUUUUCCUUAAAAAAUGACUGAAACCGAUUAAUCGAUUAAUCACUGCAGCUCUAAGUAUCAUACAGUAGAACAAGUGGCUAUGUAAUAUACCGUAUGAAUAGUAUAUACAGGAUAUAUAGUGUACAGGAAGCUAUUGUAGAGUUGAAUAUAUAUCCAGAAAUACAAAUAAAUACAGAUAACUGGAAGUUAUAAUGAUACAAGGGGCAAUGAGCACUAGUGGUUGCAGCAGUGGUAUUGCAGUAAUGGAAAGCAAAUUAAAUAUUUCUAUAUCAGACGCUUUAACCAUUAUAUAGCUAUAACCAUAAAUUGAACUUAACAUACAACAUUUUAUUUUCUUUCUCCAGAUUAGUUUUUAACAGUAAUGCAACUAACGAUAACUUUCAUUGAUGAUUAUUUUCUCGAUUAAUCGAUUAAUUGUUUGGUCUAUAAAACGCCAGAAAAUGGUGAAAAAUAUCAAUCAGUGUAUCUCAAAGCCCAAGAUUACACCUUAGAAUGUCUUGAGCUGGAAUCAGUGAAUUUUGACUUUUUUUUUUACUUAAAAAAUUACUCAAACCAUUUAAUCGAUUAUCAAAAUAGUUGGAGAUUAAUUUAAUAGUUGACAACUAAUCGUUUAAUCGUUGAAGCUCUAGUUUCAUGUGUGCAACGCUGACUAAUGAUCAGGUGAUCAAAUUCUCUUUUCACUAUACUUUCGCCGUGAGCAACUCGAAUAUCAAACAUGUCUGAAAGUCACUGAGAGGUUCCAGAUGGAUGUAAAAAAAGUAUUUAUCAGGGGCGUGUUGACCUUUGCACACUGUGCAAGAACAGUAUGUACAUGUUAUCUUCAUUGUUAUCGUUGAUAUACGGUAUAUAAUGUACAUGUAGCCUAUACCUCCAAGCCAAUACAAUAGAGUGUAGAUUACCAAACUGUAUUUUCAAGUAACAUGAUGUAAUGUUACGCCCUGCCUCCGAUUAAUGUUUGAUUAACUGAAACUCCAAUUGGGAAUUGAGUUCUACCUUAUUGUGCCUGUUGAUAUAUUCAUAUGAAACUAACUGUCGCAGAUUUAUCUUUCUCAAUGCACUUUUAUUUUCUCAACAUUAUGUAAAACCUGUAUGAUUUUGUCAGUUUUUCUUGCUCUUGCCAAAUGAAAUUAAUGUCAACCGAACCAAUGGCCUCCUGCUUGUGAUAUCCCCGAUCCACCUGCUGUGUAGAUAUAUACAUCUUUUAUGUUUCCCCCUUUUUACUGCCAGGAAAAAACAACAGCAGCUCCUGUAUUAUUGUGGUAUUAUUGCAACCACUGUAAUUUCACUAAAAAAACUAAAAAAACUUUAACAUCAUGACAUUUUAAAAACUAAAUUCUCACUGUUUUUGAGCACUUACUGUAUGUGCUAAUGCAGCCAAGUACUGUAAUCGUUCUUUAUGGAAGAAGGCUUGAUGCGAAACAGAUGGCGUGCCAAAUCUGAUGGCUGCUUCUCGAUGGAUGUCUCUCCAUGGUUUAAUUGGUCUCCAUAGCAACCUGUUAAACAGUGUUCCUCUUAGCAGAGCCUCAGCUGUUAUUUACAUACUGUAAGGAUACACUGUGUGUUGGUAAUGUGUAAGACCAGCACAAAGUGAAUCUGUGCCUGAUUGUACUGAGUCCACAUAAAAAGUACACCAAGAAA